GAAUAUUAUCACAAGCCGUACCACCCUCUUAGGUCCUAGAGCCUGAGAAGGGAGAUAUGGAGUAUUGAAAGAAGAGAGAAGUAGGAAUUUUGUUUUGUAAAUGUACUAUUUUUAUUUGGGUGAAGUAAGUUAGUUUCCCUAUCACGUAUGGAUUUUUUUUUUUUUACCUUGUUUUGGUUUCAACUUGUCUAGUUGGUGUCGGCAAUACACAUUUUUGGGGUGUAGUCCGCCAUAAAACCCACAGAAGAAGAAUGUGUUGCAUGUUGUUUUGUUGAUGAACUACACGAGAUCCACUUUGUCCAAUCAUCAAUCAAAACCUUUCACACUGGGCGCUCGAAUCGCAGUAACAGACUGCUAUGGUGUCUUAUAAUUUUCAAGAACAACAUGGCUUCUGUGGGCGAAAGGAGUAAGUAACGUAACGAACACACAAACAUCAAAUAAUGAAGGUCGUCCUCUGGUACUGAAACUGACCCACGUCCCGUUGGAGAUGGUAAAAUGGCUGGUUUUGUCGAAGGAUCCAUACUUUGCAUCAAUGCAGAACUUCCUGUGAGUCAACUCCCCCUUGAAAUGCUCACAAACAAACAAGCUAGUUCACCCUGGACCAAACCCGAACAUGAUUGUGGGGGCCAAUGGAACUGGGAAGUCCAGUAUUGUCUGUGCCAUAUGUCUGGGUCUAGCAGGAAAGACUACCAAUCUGGGCAGAGGGGACAAGGUUGGGCUGUACGUGAAGCGUGGGUGCAACAAAGGAUCGGUUGAGAUUAAAUUGUACAAGGCCGGGGGGAACCUGGUGAUCAACAGAGAGAUGCACGUGGAGAAUAACCAGUCAGUGUGGCUGCUGAAUGGGAGACACUCCAGCCAGAAGGCUGUGGAGGAGGUGAAGGCUCUACAGAUCCAAGUAAGCAACCUCUGCCAGUUCCUGUCACAGGAGAAGGUGGGUGAGUUUGCCAAGAUGACCAAGAUUGAGCUGCUAGAGGCCACAGAGAAGUCAGUGGGGCCUCCAGAGAUGUAAGAGUUCCACUGCAAGCUCAAGAUCUUCCGCACCAAAGAGAGGGAACUGGAGAAUGUGUGCAAGGAAGAAGGCCAGCGCCCUGGAGAAGUUCAAGCAGAGGAAGGAACGGAACAAGCAUGGCGUGGAGCGCUACUAUGAGAAGAAGAGGCACCUGGACAUGAUUAAGAUGCUGGAUAAGAAGAAACCCUGGGUGGACCUGAGCCCUAGGACCAUGCCCCAGGACUACCUGACAUGAUGACUCCUUGCUGUCCCCAGUCUACCUGGCCAUGCUGCUGCUCCAGUUUCAACUUCCACCUGACUGUGCUGCUGCUCUAGUUUCAACUGUUCUGCCUUAUUAUUAUUCGACCAUGCUGGUCAUUUAUGAACAUUGAACAUCUUGGCCAUGUUCUGUUAUAAUCUCCACCCGGCACAGCCAGAAGAGGACUGGCCACCCCACAUAGCCUGGUUCCUCUCUAGGUUUCUUCCUAGGAAUAUGAGACCGCCUGUAAUGAGCUGGAGGGGGUGAAGAAGGAGAGGGAGGAUGCCAAGAAGCAGCUAAAAACCGUGAGUGAGUCCCAGGCCCCCAUGCUGAAGAAGAUCCAGCACAUCGACAGCCAGCUGAGGCCCAUCGAGAACCAAAUGAAAGACGAGACGGCCAGCGUCAGGGAGGCCUCUCAGAAGUGUAAACGGAAACGGGACCACCUGGACAGUAAGCACAGAGAGAUUAAGGACAUCAAGCAGGCAUUCAGCCUGAAGCAGACUGAGGAGGCGGACCGGCAGAAGCGAAUCAGCAACACCCGAUGGAUGAUUGACGACCUGCGGGCAGAGGUGGCUAACCUGGGCGACCGAUCGGACGUGACGCCGCGGCUCGGCGUGGGGAACGCCGAGUUGAAGGCCGACCUACGCAGGGAGAAGGACAACCUGAACGGAGUGUGUAGACGUAGGAGAGGCACAGGCUCUAAGGAGUUUUGGCACAGUGCCUUACUGCACCAUUUUAACCAUGGUGAAGUGUUACACAUACCAUUUGACUUGAUGCUAAACAUCCUGUAGUGUUGAAGAACAGGCUGAGAAGUCUGGAUGACAUGAUGAAGAUCAAGGAGGAGAAGCUGAGAGGGCGCUCCAAGGACACCUACACUGCUCUCAAGUGGCUGAGGCAGAACAAACACCUCUUUAAUGGCAACGUCUAUGAACCAAUGAUGCUAGUGAUCAGUGUCCGCAGCCCCAAAAAUGCCAAGUAAGUGGAGAACCACAUUCCUUUCAAUGACCUGCGGGCCUUCACCUUCCAGAAGAGAGAGGACAUGGACAAUUUCAUGACAGAGGUAAGUGACAGCCAGAACCUGAGGGUGAAUUCAGUCUUUGCUCCUGAGGAGUCCUGUGCCACACACCCCCCUUCCCGACCCAUUGAGUCCCUGAAGCGUUUCGGGUUCUUUGCGUACCUCUUCGAUGCUCCAGAAGAGGUUAUGAGCUACCUCUGCAACCAGUACAAAGUGCACAAUGUUCCCGUGGGAACGGACCAAACCAAAGCCAUGAUCAAGACGGUUUGUCAGGUGAUUGAGGAGCCUUAUCUGAAGGUGCUCUACACGGCUGAGGAGAAGUACUCCCUAAAGAAGUCCUUCUACUCAGGCAAGACCAGCACCAGUAACUCUGCUGUGCGGCCCUCCCAGUACCUCACCAUGGCCGUGGACGCCGAGGACAAACGCCAUCUGGAGGAGCAGAUCAGUGCAGCUGAGAAGAGCAUGCAGGCCAUCGAUGCACAGAUGAUAGACAUGCAGGAACGUGCUGCCAAACAGGACGAGCUGCGGGCCCAGAAGAAGGCGCUCUCUGAGCUGAAGGGCAAAAAGUGACAGCUGGAACAGAAGAUCAGCACCAAGCAGGACAGUCUUUGGCAGAUGGCGCAGGGGGCUGAGGAAGAGACUAAGGCCCAGAUCUCUGCAGUCAACUCCCAGAAGGUGUCCAUUGUGGCUGAGUUCAUGGCCCACAUGAAGCUGAGGGCUAGGUUGAGUAUGGAGAAGGUGUACAUGGCUCUAGAGACCGUGGGCAUGACAGCAGAGAAGACCAAGCUGGAGACUGACUGCAAGGAGGGCUCGGCUGAGCUCAGGGUCCUAGAGCAAGCGUGUGCCAUGCUGGAGCAGCGUAAGGCCUGUCUAUUGGAGAAAUGUAAGGGCAUGCUGAGGAGGGCCAGGGAGAUCUGUAACAUGGAUCCUGGGAAGAGUGUUGUACCCCGAGACCUACACACGGCCUUCAGUCAGAUGCCAAACACUCUGGAUGAGAUGGAUGCCAUGUUGAAUGAGGAGAGGUCCAGGGCAGAGUGCUUCACUGGCCUCCGUGAAAAUAUGGUGGAUGAGUACAACAGAAGAGAGCAGGAGAUCAAGAACCUAGAGAAAGAGCUGGAUGACAAGAGCAAUGCCCUUGCACCUACAGACAGAACAUAUCAGAGCGACGACCAAAAGGGGUGCAUGCCCCUACUUUCCUCUCCUCCAACCAUCGGGUCGCUAUCUUCCAUGACGUGUAUUGCCACUCCUCCUAAGGCAACAAACGCAAAACCGGUGGACAACAGUAGCGAGGCUAACCAGCUGGAGGGAUUCAACUCCGACGGAGUCCUUAGUAUCGCAGAAAGGGGGAACGGAGAGUCUGCCAGGGCUUUUCUAACACCGAACGACCCACGGAGCAAGAACCCGUUUAUUCAAUUAAGCUACUAUAAAACUACACCGAUAAUAAGGGCAAUUUACCCAGCAGAGAUGGCACAGGAGACCAAUCAGAGUCAAGCGCCCAUGCUUUGUGCUACCGGCUGUGGUUUCUUUGGAAACCCCAGGACCAGUGGCAUGUGCUCUGUCUGCUAUAAGGACCACCUGACCAGACAGAACAAUGGAGGAGUGAGCCCCCUGAGUGCAAUGGGUGGCAGUGUCUCCAGUAGCCCCACAAUGGAGGCCUCUGCCAUCCAGAGAAUUGAGGCCACAUUGAAUAAUGCUGCGGCGGCGGCUGCUGCUGAAGCUGAUGCGGAAGCUGCCAGUGGGGCAGCAGCUGCUCUUCCUGUUACCCAACAGAUGACUGAGAUGAGCAUUUCCUGUGAGGAGGAAGGAGCAUCGCCUAAAGCAGAGCUUGCAGAACCUGUGGUCACUCAGCCCAUCGCCUCCGCUUCCCCUCCCAGUGCUGCCGGGAGUGACGAAUCCAAAUUACCUGAACCCGCCAAACCGAAGAAGAACAGGUGCUUCAUGUGCCGCAAGAAGGUUGGCCUUACAGGUUUUGACUGCCGCUGUGGGAACCUGUUCUGUGGACUCCACCGUUACUCAGACAAGCACAACUGCCCAUACGACUACAAAGCAGAGGCCGCCGCCAAGAUCCGCAAGGAGAACCCUGUCGUGGUGGCCGAUAAGAUCCAGAGAAUAUAAGACCUUUUCUCACUUUUGACCUUGAACACUGAGUGAUUGGAUUUAAAAAAGGACUCGUGCUGACCUGCGUUCUAAAGGACUAGUUUUUUAAAUUACAGUAUGGGGGGGUCCAGUUUCCUGCAAUGCAUGAACGAUCACAUUUUUUAUUUUGUUUUCUGUUGGUGUCUGUGCUUAUGAUUUAAAGAAAAAAGAGAAAGAUCAAAAAUGUUUUUUUUAGAAUACUACAGACUAGAAAUGUUGCUUUUCCGGUGAUGCCUGGACCUGGCUUAAUUCUCACUGUUUAUGGGGAGUCUGAUUGUUGUCAAGUAGGCGAGCUGAUGUGUUAACUACUUUUGUGACUGGCUAUCUGUGUGUUGUUGAGAUUUUUCUGAGGAUAUUGGGGGACACUAGCCUAUGAGACUGUUACAGCCCUGACCGGAUCACUCCCCCCGCAGUGGCAGGUCACAGCUGGCUUAUGUUGGGAAUGGCUGUUUUUGCUCAACUUCUCAUAAUGUGUCAUGGUGUCCUCCAUGGAGUCUGUUUUAUAUGUACUACCAGACAUGUUUGUUUCUGUGCUGCAUGGGGCCUCAGUUCAGGGGAGGUCCUCAAGCACAUUUCCCUAUUGUGAGAUAAGAUGUGAAGUAGUGACAUUAAAAAAAAGCUUGAUUUAUUAAGUCAACUAAAGAACAUCUUGGAGGAUCUUAUGAAGUUAUCAUCCAGUAGGCAUGGUGAAAGCAACCAGACCCCUGACACUUGGACGAUGGCUGGAUGGAUGUGUUUUAUUCCAACCUUAUUGGCUCUCAUCAGAGAUUCAUCUGAAUCAAACCGAAUAUCAUUGUGUCAUACAAGCCUGCUCCACUGGUUCAUUCUUCUGGCAAUGUGUGCUGCACUAAAAAAAAACAUUGCUUAAGUUUACUUGUAUCUGUUAAAGAUAAUUUCCUAAAGAAGUAUUUAGGUUCGAUGCUGUGAUGCUCAUUUGCAGGGGAUACUUGGCGCUGCCUCUGACCGGGUGGAUGGGAAAUUGGAGGAAGACUUCCUGCAAUGAGGUCAAGGUCAGGUCAUUUGACCUCACUCAUCCAGCCACUCGGGUCAUGUGACAGUGUUGAUGCCCAUUCUGUGUUCUUGUUUUCUCCCUUCUCGUGUCCAUGUUUUUAUGAGGAUAUGGAGUGUUUUGCAUGGGUUGUUGUAUCAAUGACAAAAAGCCUAAACGAAUCAGAUUGCUGAGGUUGGAAGGGUUAGGUCCACUAAUCUUUUGAUGAAUGUUUCACUUCUGUUUUGUUAAUUUUAUUAUUCUUUUUAAUGUAUGUGUGCUGAUAUGUUUGAUAUAUUGUGGAGUGCGUGUCACAUGCUAUGUAUUAAACACAAGUGUAGUGCAGUAGACUUGGAUGGAUGGUGGAUGAGUAUUGUGUAUGUUUGUAUGUAUGCAAGUAAGUGCUUGUGUUCCUCAGUAGUCAGAACUGGUCCAGUGGACUCACUCUUGAUUUAGAUUCUUUUAGUUUUUCAGUUUUAUUUGGUCCUGCUGUUCACGCUGUAGGGCUGUGAGAUUUCACUUUAAUAUCUGGUUUAAUAUUUUUAACCCUCUUUUUUUAGUUAUGCAAGUUUGUACAAACCCAUUAUUUAUGUACUGAGCAUUUAAUCUUGUUACACAACAUUACUGCAAAAUGGUAUCAUGUAAAUAAAAUGAUGUACAGAGAUAUGGAA